GAAAAACAAACAUUUAUUCCACAACAUGCCCUUGCAGGCUUGAUUAUUGUUUUAUGAAAAAUUAUGGUGGCAUGUAAUUAUUGCGGAACUUCAUACCCUUUUUUGUCCAUUUGAAUUAAGAAAGGAAUAAACAUCGAGAUUACCAGAUCUCAUUCUUCUUCACAUCCUUUGAAAAAUCCAGAGAUGAAUACCUUCAAUACGACGCCGUUUCAGCUUGCUAUACGAAGAACAACCCUAGAUCCGCUGAUGUCAUAACCACCCCAGUUUUUUCAUUUCUCAUCUUUCCAAAAAAAUUUUUUUUUUUUUUUUUUGCCAAAAAAAGGGAGGAAAAAUAAAGCAUGGAUCCGGAAGAAUUUAGGGCAAUUUUAUCGAGGUCGAGAGCUGGAAUCUGGUCGCUAAUCGAGACGGCGAUUAAAGUCGCCAGCUCAGACUACGGCGACGAAUUGCGCCGCCGCCGCGAUAAAAUCGUCGAGUCGCUCUACGCGCCGCCUUCUCAGCUCUGCGACAGCUGCAACGGCAACGGCAACGCCAGUGCCAACCAAGACGUCGAUGUUGUUCAAGACGAACCCUAUUAUCCGCAAAAUGUUGAUAACAGUAACUUCAAUUAUAGUGAUAACAUUGAUAAUGAUAACCACGGUAACAGUAAUAGUAAUAGCAAUACGAAGAAGAAGAAGCUUAACAGCAAUAGUAACAUCAGAAAUUCGAACGAGAAUUUCAGUCAGAGCCCGUUGACUCCGGAGUCAAACCACCGGAAUUUUGGCGCCGGAGAAGAGGAAGAGGAUCCGUACGGAGGAUUGUUUGACGACGAACAGACCAAAAUUAUCACCAUCAAAGAGCAGCUUGAAGAUCCAGACCAGAGUGAAGAUGCCGUGGUGGAAUUGCUCCAAAACCUAGCAGAUAUGGAUAUCACGUUUCAAGCUCUGAAGGAAACUGAUAUAGGAAGGCAUGUAAAUCGGUUAAGGAAGUAUCCAUCAAAUGAAGUUCGCGGAUUGGUGAAGCAGCUCGUUAGAAAAUGGAAGGAAACUGUGGACGAUUGGGUGAAGGUGAACCAACCACAAGCAGCUUCAAACCUCAUUGCUGACGGGGACUCACCUCAGCAGAGCAUACCGAAAAAUCAACAAAAUGGCCAUCACCAGGUUCCAGAUUUUGGGUACUCACCAAAUCCACAUAAUGGGAGUUCCAGUGUAGAAAGAAAUUACGGAGAAUACGACACAAAGCCUACAAAGCCCACAAAUCCAAAACCAUCGCAAACUGCAGCUCGAAGAGAAGCUCCUUCUAGACCACAACAGCCAAUUCCUAAAUCUGCUUCUGCUCCUCCAAAUAGAGCACAAAGGGAAUUGGUCGUAGACGAUGAGAGACUGAAUUCAGCAAGAAGGCGGCUUCAAGAAAACUACCAAGAAGCUGAGAAUGCGAAAAGGCAAAGGACAGUUCAGGUGAUGGAUAUAAAAGAGAUUCCGAGACCAAAGAAUGGAUUCUUUGCCAAGAACAAAGGCGGCUCUCAGGGGAGGCACCAUCGGUGAUUUAUAGUUUCCGUUAACACAUAAUUUAAUGCAAAUUUGUUUACGUAAAAAGGGGUUUUCCAAGAAAAAUAAAAAAUAAAAAUAAAAAAAGAAAAAGUUGGUUAGGGCCCUCUUACAUUUUGUCGUAAGCAUAAGUUGUAGAGUAGACCUAAGUUAAUAUGUUGUUUAAAUUGUUAUCUUGCAGAUUAAGAUGCUGCUAAUGCGUCUAAUCUUACUGAUACAUAAGGGCAUUUAUGACUUGAUGGAUGAAUUGAGAUUGGGCAAAUCUAGUAAUUAUUGUAAUUAUUUGUCCGGUUUACAUAUAUCGGGUAAAGUAUGCUAUAUAUGGUAUAUUCUACGAUUUCAAAUUAUUCGUUUUAGUAAGAUAAAUGAAUUUGUUCCAUAUCUA